GGUCGUGAGGGAGUAUUGCGUAGCAAUGGCAGCCGGUGAGACGGUCUGAGAUGCCACUGCCUGUACGCAGUAUAAAGCCAAGAUGUUGAAAGAUGCCCAAGUACGUUUUAUGGAGGCCGCGGUCGAGACAGGGAGAACGGAAGUGGCGCGGAUGCGGAGUGAAUAUCGUUCACCUCCUCAAGAUGGCCCCUAAAUGGAGGGAGUCGGGCCAAACACCCUAUCCCGGCGAUACUGUGGUCUGAAGACCUCGCUUAGCUUGAGGAUGAGGGGCAUUGUAUGAAGAGAAACAACCACGUUUGCGAAACAGCUUAUGGAUUUUUGCUAAUCAUGUUUUCACAGAAAAAGAGACAGGAAGAACGGAUCUCUGGGGUGGACGGCGACGUGAGACAGCCCUUGCUCGAAGGGAAUGGCGAGGAUCUUGUUAUUCACCACGGAGACCGAGCACAGCUACUGUUUUCCGCGCAAGAUGUUGAGGACAGCGGGGACGAGUCCAGUUCUUCUGCGCCCUAUUCGAAUUUUCCAAGGCCCACUGUCAGAUUCGAGGAGGAAGCACAGGUUAUUGGACCGCCGUUAAGGUCAACCAUGCGGAGCAGAGAGGCCGAGUUUGAGCUUGACUCAGAUGACUUUGAUGAGUCCACUCUGGAAGAAUCGGGUUCCGAUCGAGCCCGCUCGACGUCUCCACGGCCUCGACGGUCAAGGCAACGGCCCAUUCCUCUCCUUACCGGCCUCAUGGACCCUCAAGGAGCGCGAAGAACACCAGACACUAUAAUACCUAUGUACGAACCUGCAGCUCGUGAAGAAUCCUUGACAAGUCCUGUCGACAUAGCAGAGAUGGCCGCUAAACAGCACGCCGGCGGAAAUAUGUUCGACUCCGUGGCGAAUAUGGCUAAUUCAAUCCUCGGGGCUGGUAUAAUUGGUUUACCAUAUGCAAUCAGUCAAGCAGGCUUUCUCUGUGGAGUUAUUUUGCUAGUCAUUCUAUGUGGUGUCACAGACUGGACCGUUCGUCUCGUCGUAUUGAACGCGAAGUUGAGUGGAGGAAACUCGUACAUCGAAAUCAUGCACAAUUGCUUUGGUCCAAGUGGUCGCGCUGCUGUAUCAUUAUUUCAGUUUACGUUUGCUUUUGGGGGCAUGUGCGCUUUUGGGAUUAUCAUUGGAGACACAAUACCCCACGUCAUCCGUUCAGCAUUUCCGACGUUGUACAAGAUACCCGUACUCUCGAUAUUUACAAACCGGCAAGUUAUCAUAACACUGUGCACUCUCUGCGUGUCGUACCCGCUAUCCCUAUACCGUGAUAUCCACAAACUGUCCCGAGCGUCGGGCCUGGCGCUUCUCAGUAUGCUAGUCAUAAUCGCUUCCGUUCUCAUCGAAGGCCCGCAUGCACCCCAGGAACUAAAAGGUGACCCGUCGGCCCGGUUUACGAUCCUUGGUCCCGGUGUAUUUCCGGCUAUUGGUGUCAUCAGCUUCGCGUUCGUUUGUCACCACAAUUCUCUGCUAAUUUACGGUAGUCUUCGAAAACCUACCCUGGAUCGCUUUGCGCAGGUCACCCAUUUCUCGACAGCUAUUUCGCUAGUAGCUUGUUGCACCCUCGCUAUUUCUGCUUUCUGGAAUUUCACGGAUAAAACCCAGGGAAAUGUAUUGAACAACUUCCCGGCGAACAAUACCCUGAUCAACGUAGCCCGCUUUUGUUUCGGCUUAAAUAUGUUCACCACACUCCCUUUGGAGCUCUUUGUGUGCAGAGAGGUUAUCGAACAGUAUUUCUUUUCACACGAAUCCUUCAGUCCACAGCGUCAUCUGUUCUUCACAACGACAAUCAUAAUUUCAUCCAUGUUCCUUUCUCUCAUCACCUGUGACCUCGGCGUUACUUUGGAGAUCACAGGCGGUGUUUCAGCCACAGCCCUGGCUUUUAUUUUUCCAGCUGCAUGUUACCUGAAGCUGGCAAACCCGUCUUUACCGUGGUACUCUCGGAGUAAGCUUCCAGCCGCAACUUGCUUCGCAUUUGGGCUCGUUGUUAUGGUAGUCUCUCUAUUCCUUGCCCUGGGAAAGGCAUGGACACGGGAGGGGGAAGCCAAGAUAUGUGUAUAAUGUGUAUACCCGUGUGUCGAUCUAGAAUAAAUUGGUUGGACUCUUCCUCGCGUAAUCAUCCGUCGUGAUAACUCUUUCGAGCCCGCGUAUGCCAGCCAGCUCUUCGACACGCGCACCUAUCUCCAUGCUCUGCGUCGCCAAGAGCGGGCUAACUGUGCGUUGCUUGAACUUGCGCCAGACUUGCUCGACGCGAUGUAGGGGGGUUUCCAACGCAUCCCCUGACUCGAGCACCAGGACC